AUGUUGUUUGAAUCUCUAAACUGCUGCAGUAUUUUUUUUCAAUUAUUUUUUUUUUCAAUAAAUGUUUUUACUUUACUUCCAUACGCACCGUAUGUAAUCGUUUGCGAACUUCUACUAAUAAUGCUAUUUGCACCAAUUGAGGCAGUUCGUUUGUUCUGGGGUCGUAAAGGAAACCUGACGGAAACACCGGCAUAUAUAUCGUUUUCAAUGCUCAUUAGUAUACCAAUUAUAGCAAUGUGUGUUUAUUGGGGGUUUUUUCAAAGUUAUGUUUUACUAGUCGAAUUUGUUUUCGUCGUUAUAGAGGGAGUCCUGGUAAUUGUGGAACUUUUGCUUGGUAUUAUAGCUGCUGUAUCAAUGUCAAGGUACAGUUUAUAA